AUGGCAGAGUCGCUGCUUCUCCCUCUAGUGCGCAGCAUGGCUGGCAAGGCUGCAGAUGCACUCAUCGAGACGGUGAGUCGUAUGUGUGGCCUCGACGAUGAUCGCCAAACGCUCGAGCGGCAUCUACUAGCCGUCGAGUGCAAGCUGGCAAACGCCGAGGAGAUGAGCGAGACAAAUCGCUAUGUCAAGAGCUGGAUGAAGGAGCUCAAGUCCAUCGCCUACCAGGCUGAUGACGUGCUCGACGACUUCCAGUACGAGGCGCUGCGCCGCCAGUCUAAGAUUGGCAAGUCCACUACCCAAAAGGUACUCAGCUACGUCACCCGCCGCAGCCCGCUGCUCUUCCGUUUUGAAAUGAGCAGGAAACUCAAGAACGUCCUCAAGAAGAUCAAUAAGUUGGUUAAGGAGAUGAACACAUUUGGCUUGGAGAGUUCUGUCCCUAGGGAGGAGCGGCAACAUCCAUGGCGGCAGACGCACUCAAAACUAGAAGAGACUACCCAGAUCUUUGGAAGAGAUGAUGAUAAGGAGGUGGUGGUGAAGUUCCUGCUGGACCAGCAGGAUCAACGGAGGGUGCAUGUGCUGCCGAUCAUUGGGAUGGGAGGUCUUGGCAAGACGACUCUUGCUAAGAUGGUCUAUAAUGACCAAGGGGUCCAGCAACAUUUCCAGUUGAAGAUGUGGCACUGCGUGUCCGACAACUUUGAUGUCAUGGCUCUUUUGAAAUCCAUCAUUGAGUUGGCCGUAAGUGGAAGAUGUGACAUGCCUAACACGAUUGAGCUGUUGCAAAAGAAACUUGAGCAAGUCAUUGACCAAAGAAGGUUUAUUCUCGUGCUUGAUGAUGUGUGGAAUGAAGAUGAGAGGAAGUGGGAGGAUGUCCUGAAGCCUCUUUUGUGUUCUGUUGGUGGACCGGGAAGUGUAAUAGUCGUGACAACUCGAAGCCAGAAAGUAGCCUCUAUAAUGCAGACCCUUGGACCACAUAAGCUAGCAUGUCUGAGUGAACAAGAUUCAUGGGAAUUAUUUGCGCAAAAAGCAUAUAGAAACAGUGUAGAGCAGGACCAAUCAGAGUUGGUCAGCAUUGGCAGACGUAUUGUCAACAAAUGCUGGGGGCUGCCUCUUGCUCUCAAGACAAUGGGUGGAUUGCUAAGUUCAUAUCAACAAGUACAAGAAUGGAAGGCCAUCGAAGAAAGUAAUAUUAGGGAUAAUGCUAGAGGGAAAGAUGAGAUCAUGUCCAUCCUUAAGUUGAGCUACACACACCUAUCAUCUGAAAUGAAGCAAUGUUUUGCAUUCUUAGCAGUUUUUCCCAAGGACUAUCAGAUGGACAAGCACAAUUUGAUCCAACUAUGGAUAGCAAAUGGUUUUAUUCAAGAGAAGGGAACAAUGGAUUUGACACUAACAGGAGAAUUCAUUUUCAAUGAGUUUGUUUGGAGGUCCUUCCUCCAGGAUCAAAAUGUAGUAGUGAAAUAUGAUUACAUGGUUGAUAAACCAAUGUAUGAGAUGAUAGUAUGUAAAAUGCAUGAUUUAAUGCAUGAUCUAGCAAAAGAUGUCACAGAUGAAUGUGCAAGUGUAGAAGCACUGACUCCGCAGAAAGCAUCGUUAAAAUAUGUUUGUCACCUGAAAAUGCCAGAGGCUGAAUUGGAAAAGAUGAGUGGAUUAUGCAAAGGCAGAACAUACCUCCGCACUUUGUUAGCUCCUUCAAAAUUACACAAGGAUUUUAAAGAGUUGGUACAUGUAUCGACAUCACUGAGAGCACUGCAUUGCUAUCAUUAUCCAAUUUCCAUUUGCAAGGCCAUAAAUGCAAAAAGAUUACGAUAUCUUGACCUCUCUUACUCUGACAUUGCUAAGUUGCCAGAUUCAAUAUGUGUGUUGUAUAACUUGCAAACAUUGAGGCUCAUAGGUUGCCGAAAGCUGCAGCAGUUACCAAGAGACAUGGCAAGACUGAGAAAUCUCAUCCACCUUUAUCUUUAUGGUUGUUAUCAUCUCAAAAGUAUGUCUCCGAACUUUGGUCUACUGAACAACCUUCACAUAUUAACAACAUUUGUUGUGGAUACUAAGGAUGGCCUUGGAAUAGAGCAACUCAAAGGCUUGCAACACCUUAGCAAUAGAUUGGAGCUAUUGAAUUUGGAGCAAGAUAAAGAGUGGGGAGAAUGCAAAAGAAGCCAAUCUCAGUUAGAAGCAAAGCCUAAGUGA